UAGAAAAUGGAACAUGCCCUGAUUCACCUAAUAGCGUUCCUCUUAAUUGGUCGAAUGUUGGUUAUGCCUCCAUGUUCAUUAUGAUUAAUGGAAUUGUUUCCAUGUCACUUGGUUUACACUUGGAAAAAUCUUUGUUCAUUAGCUCAGUCCGUUGCGUAGUACAGCUAACUAUUAUGGGUAUGAUUCUCGAGGAUGUCUUCAAAGCACGGCACCCUCUCAUUAUUAUGGCAAUGGUAAUCGUGCUUGUUUUACUCGGUGCAAAUGAAAUCGUGUUUAACAAGAAUAAAAGAAGACACGCAAGAAUGUUUUUAUCAGUUCUUGUGUCAUUAGCUAUAAGUACUAUAACAAUUGGCAUCAUCGGUUCGCGUUUUGCGCUGGCUCAAGAUCCCUUUUGGGAACCCCAGAUAUUUAUUCCAACAAUGGGAAUGCUGCUUGGAAAUAGCAUGUCAGCAAUAGCUGUUGGUAAUUCUUAUGCUUUAGAGCAAUUCAGUGGACAAAGAGAAAAAAUAGAAAUGUAUCUGGCGUUUGGUGCCUCUAGAUGGGAGGCUGGUCGCCCAGUCGCUAUGGAGGCAGUAAAGAUGGCUAUGUUACCAACUAUUAAUUCCAUGAGUAUAAUCGGGUUGAUAUCAAUUCCAGGCAUGAUGACUGGACAAAUAAUUGGCGGUGCACCUAUAUCGGAUGCUGUCAAAUAUCAACAAAUAAUUAUGUUUAUGAUUUCUUCCUCAACAGCGUUAAGUGUUUUAAUAUCGAUUUUUACAUGUGUAUUCACAUGUAUCGAUAAUCUACAUCGCUUACGUAUAGAGCGAAUAAUAACCACCAAACCUUGGAUCUAUGCAAAAAAGGAUGAACUGGUUGAUGGUGUCAAAAAUAUAUUUAUCGGAGUUAAAAAUUACAUAUUUUGUUGCUUCAUAAGAAAUACGUCUUCUAGUGAUGACAGUGAAGCUCAAGUCUUAUUAAAU